AUGGCUCCUCCAACUCUUGUUCACAACCGCAAAGAAGUGUUCCGUCAGUACGACCAAAUUCUCCAAAAUCCGAAUCUUCACGAUUGUGAGCUUAGAUCGAUCUCCCAGCAUGAAUGCACAUUCAAGGUAUCCGAAGACAGUCCACCAGAGAUCAUAUGUCUUCCAUUUAAAAGGAUUUUCCAGAGGUGCAUUGAAACGGCCAUAGAGAAGGAUAAAAUCACAGGAAAGAAGACGAAAGUGGACAAAUGGGUCAACAUCGAAGUCACUUCUGCCGAAACCAACCAGGACCUCUUGACUGAGGAAAGGUACAGAGAUGAUGUCCGAGAUUUCGUCAACGCAGAGAAGGAGCUAAAGAAAUUAAUGGAGAAAGGUCUUACCGAUUGA